AUGCAAUUGAAAUACGCUCUCGUCGCUCUCAUUGCAGCUGCAUUCACCUCUGCUUCACCAUUACCCAUUGUCGAGGAUGUCGAAGUACCGUGCCCCAAUGAUUCCACUCUUUGCGCCAACGUCCCCGAACUUGACGUGAACAUCGCAUUAGCAGAAAGCACCAGCAAACUCGUCAGUUCUGUGAUUGACACUGCGAGCUACGUGUUGGGUGGGAUAAUAGCAGCACCUGCUCCCUCAUCACACGUCGAGAUAUAA